AUGUAUAUUUGUGGAAAGCGAAGUCAAGUAGCUGUGGAAAAAUUUUAUGAGAAACAAAAGGAUCUCGUUGAAGCCUGGAAAGAAGAUGAAAAACAUUUGCACAACGCUAGUUCUAUUGAUCAGGUGGCAGCAGCAGAAAGCGAACAGCGAACGAAGCGAAGUCAAGUAGCUGUGGAAAAAUUUUAUGAGAAACAAAAGGAUCUCGUUGAAGCCUGGAAAGAAGAUGAAAAACAUUUGCACAACGCUAGUUCUAUUGAUCAGGUGGCAGCAGCAGAAAGCGAACAGCGAACGAAGGUAUGGGACUCUCGACUAACCAUCAUAACAAUUAUACUGAAUGUGAUGCUUAUUGGUGCAAAGACAACAGCUGCUGUUCUUUCCGAUUCGUUGGCCAUUGUUGCUUCAGUUGUCGACAGUGCCAUGGACAUCACAUCCGGAUUGGUCUUAUGGUAUACGUGUCGGCUGAUCGAGAGAUCAAACAAGCAUCACUAUCCUGUCGGAUUGAAUAGGUGA